AUGUGGGGGCACCGGUUAGUGGUGCCUGAACAAUGUAAAAGUAAAAUUUUAAAAAUUAUUCACGAACCCCACAUGGGCAUAGUAAAGUCCAAGGCGCUCGCCCGCAGCUAUGUAUGGUGGGCGGGCAUCGACGAAGCGGUGGAGCGCGCGUGCCGGGAGUGCGAGGCGUGCGCGGCGCAGGCGGACGCGCCGCCACGGCAGACACCGCGCAUGUGGCCCUGGCCAUCGCGCCCCUGGACCUGCCUCCAUUUAGAUUUCUUGGGCCCAAUCGGGGGGAAAACAUUUUUGGUGGUAGUGGACGCGAUGUCGAAGUGGUUCGAAGUUUUCCACAUGACGGGGGUUUCGGCGAGCUAUUUAAUUGAUCGGUUAAAUGAAUUAUUCAGCCGGUUCGGUAUACCGAAGCACAUCGUCACUGAUAACGGUACGCAGUUCGCUUCGAAGGAGUUCGAAUAUUUUAACCAGUAUUACGGCAUACAACACAUUUUCACUCCACCUUAUCACCCAUCGUCGAACGGGUUAGCCGAAAACGCGGUUAAAACGCUUAAGAGGAUAAUUAAAAAGGCGCUGCAAGAGAAGCGGGACAUAAACAGGGCUCUGUGGUCAUUUUUACUUUACUACCGUAACGUGGAACAUUUUACAACUGGCGAGAGCCCGGCGAUGCUUUUACUCGGCAGACCGAUACGUACCCGCCUCGAUGUAAUUAGACCGGAUCGGGAGGGCAAAGUGCGUUGCGCACAACAACGUCAGCAGGAGGCGGCCGGCGGGGCCAACCGGACAUUCGACAAGUCUGAUACGGUUUGGUACAGGCAGUACCUUAAAGGGGAGAAAUGGAUUCCGGGGCAGGUAGUAGAGGUUCUUGGAAGCAGUAACUUUAAGGUAAGAGGAUCCGACGGUGGGGUGGUGCACAGACAUAUCGAUCAGUUGCGUAGGAGACCGAGCGAGAGCAGGCAAUCGCUCGCGUCUGCCCCGUCUGUGUUGGGUGAACAGGUAGACAGUGCGAACGCUCAAGGAUCAGACCCCGGGGGCGCGGGGUCGGAGGAGGAGGACGAAUCGGAGGGGCCGACGGGAGAGAGGGCGCCGCGCGUGGCCGAGCCGCCGGCGUCGCAGCCGCAGCCCGCUCCGGCUUCACCGGGCGCGGCAGGACAUGUGUCCGCGGCUGCCGCACUUAGAGUUCGCCCUAUUAGGCAGUGCCGAUUAGUUAAGCCUAAGUAA